GCCGCGCCGGCCGUCGCCACAGCCAUGGAGUGCAGAGACAAAGCUGCUGUUCCUCCACGGAAGCUCGUCCAAGCUCGGCUGCCCUUCAAGCGCCUCAAUCCUGUGCCAAAGGAAAAACUCGAUCUGGAUUCAGAAGUGAAAAAAGUCAAGAGCUCCCCAAGUGCUUUUGUUCCGAGCAAGGAUCCCUCCCUGGAUGCCUCGGGUGGCUCCCUGGACAAUGUGGAGAACGACUGCCAGCUGGGCUCCGACGGGAAUCUGACUCCAAAACUUGUGAACGGGAAGGGUCCGUUGGACCAUUUUAUCCAGAAAAACCCAGGAGGUGACACGAGUGACCCUGGGGACGAUCCUGACCUCUCCAAGGGCCAUUUUAUCCAGAAGAACCCAGGAGGUGACACGAGUGACCCUGGGGAUGAUCCUGACCUCUCCAAGGGCUCUGGCCACGGACUCGAGGGGGAUGUGGAUUCCAGAGCUGCCGUAACCAGCGGCACCACGAUAGGAAAAGAGCUGACCCAGCUGAGCUGCCUGAAUUCCUCACAGAGCAGCCCAGCAGGUGACUCCACAGAGACUGAGGGGCCCUGUGCAGCCGCAGCCAAGGCAGAGCAGGAUCCGGGAGCUGGGAUCCAGCCGCGCUCCAGGGCGGUGGCAGGCAGGAAGGGGACCCAGGGCGAACUGAAGGAUGUGCUCUUUGAGGGGAAGGUGCCCGUGGUGCUGCUGGAGGACAUCAUGAGCCUGAAAUCCCCCCAGGUGGUGUCUCUGGACAGCAGCGGCACAGGCUCGGAGAACGAGGCCCUGGAGUCGUCCCACGAGGGAGACUCGGGACUGAGCAACUCCUCGCUGAGCUCCGGGAGCUCGCCCGACGUGCAGCUCAUGGCAGAGGCCAAGAGGAGCUCGAGUCCUUUGGCUGCCUCCACGCCUGCCAGGAAGGUACCUCAGAAAUUCCACAGAAGUUCAGCAGAGAAGGAGAAGCUGAGAUUGCAAAGAGAUCAGGAGCGCGCAGACAAGCUCCAGAAGCUGCAGGCAGAGAGGGAGGAGAAGGGGAGGCUGAAGGAAGAGGCAAAAGCUGCGAAAGAACGAGCCAAGGAGGAGGCAAAGAAGAGGAAAGAGGAAGAGAAGGAGUUGAAAGAGAGAGAAAGGAGGGAAAAGAAAGAAAAGGAAGAGAAGGAGAAAGCUGAGAAGCUGCGAGUGAAGGAGGAGAAGCGCAAGGAGAGGCAGGAGGCCUUGGAGGCAAAACUUGAGGAGAAGAGAAAGAAAGAAGAGGAGAAACGGUUAAAGGAGGAAGAAAAGCGCAUCAAUGCACAGAAAGCAGAGAUCACCAGGUUCUUCCAGAAACCAAAGACUCCACAAGCCCCCAAGACCCUUGCUGGCUCCUGUGGGAAGUUUGCUCCUUUUGAAAUUAAGGAGAACAUGGUCUUAGCCCCGCUCAGCCGUGUUUCCCUGGAUCCAGACUACCUGGAACAGCUGGAUAAGCUCCUGCGUGCCCAGAACGGCGACAGUUCCUUCUUGAGGGAGCUAAAAUGUCGUAAACCACGAAAAACUGGGCCCACUUUGGUCAGUGACAGCAAUGACAGUGUGAACAGUGACGUGGUGGUGGUGGACAGCUGCCAGGCAGACGCUGUUCCUGAGAGGGAGAAGUUUGGCAGGAUGAAGCUUCUGCAGUUCAGUGAGAAUCACCGCCCUGCCUACUGGGGCACCUGGAACAAGAGAACCGCCCUGAUCCGUGCCAGGAAUCCGUGGUCCAAGGACACCAAACUGCUGGACUAUGAAGUAGACAGUGAUGAAGAGUGGGAAGAGGAGGAGCCUGGGGAAAGUCUCUCCCAUAGUGAAGAGGAUGAUGAAGAGGAGGGAGAGGAUGAAGACGAGGACGAUGGGUUUUUUGUACCCCAUGGGUACCUAUCUGAAGAUGAAGGUGUGACAGAGGAGUGUGACCCUGAGAACCAGAAGGUUCGUCAGAAACUGAAAGCCAAGGAAUGGGAUGAGCUGAUAGCCAAGGGGAAGAGGUUCCACGUCCUGCAGCCCGUGAAGAUCGGCUGCGUCUGGGAAAGGGCAGCAGACGACAACAGCACCAACACGGACCUGAAGGUGCUCCAGCAGUUCACAGCCUGUGUCCUGGAUCCACCUGUGCCAGAGGAAGAGCAGCAGACACAGAAAUGUAGCAAGAAAAGGGCAAAAGAUCAGCAAAUCCUCGGCCACCUCCUGCCGCUGCUGCACGGGAACGUGCACGGGAGCAAGGUGAUCAUCCAGGAGUUCCAGGAGUGCUGCCGCCAGGGACGCUUCAGCGACGUGGCCGAGGGCGGCGACGGGAGCCCCCCGCCGGCGCAGCCCCCGGCCGGGGAGGACGGCGGGGUCCCCUCCAAGGCCAGGCUGAAGAGGAUCAUCUCGGAGAACUCGGUGUACGAGAAGAGGCCCGAGUUCAGGAUGUGCUGGUACGUGCACGCCGAGGUGCUGCGCAGCUUCGGGCACGAGCGGCUCCCCGUGCCGUGCCGCUGGAGCUACGUCACGCAGGUGCCCUGCGCGGGCAGGGACGAGGGCAGCGCCGUGCCCGCCGUGCCCGCCCCGCAGCACACGCCCCCCGCAGCCAAGAGGAAGGCCAUGGCGAGCAUGUCCAUCACCAAGUUCAUGAAGAGACCUCGGGAUGCUGAGCAGGCUGCAGAGAUGGACGGCUUUCAGGCAGACACGGAGGAAGACGAGGAAGAUGACGACUGCAUGAUUGUGGAUGUACAGCCAGCAAAAGGUUCUACAGCUUCAGAAUCCAGUGGCACGAGAGCUGCUGACCAGGACAGCCCAUCUAAUACAAUUUGAGACUUAAAUGCCUACUAACUCCUCUGUAUGUAUGUAGAAUGAGCUAGAAGAUUUUAAACAUUGUGUAUCUUUGACCAAGAUACUUGAAAGUAUUCCACAUUUCUUGUAAAGAGAAGACAGCACUUUGUUCUGCUUCAGACCAGAUGGAAGCUUAAAUUUUUAGUUUUAGCUUUUUAGCUUUUUUUUUUUUUUUUUUUUUAAAUACUGCAUAUUAAUCUGUCCUUAAUAAAGCAUUAUUGAAAUUUUGAUACUUCUUUGUAAUGGAAGGUAUCUUAAGUUAUCUCUAAAAGUAGCUGAGGGAUUUUGGAAUAAGCUUAUUGUGAUGCCACUGGGGAAUGACUGUUCAUAAUGUUGUACAGCGUGGCCUUGGGUAUAAAUGAUGUACAAUUAUAUAUGAAUUUAUGCUCUUGUA